AUGUUCCACUGCAUCCCCCUGUGGCGGUGCAACCGCCAUGUGGAGUCCAUCGACAAGCGGCACUGCUCGCUGGCCGCCGUGCCCGAGGAGAUCUACCGCUACAGCCGCAGCCUGGAGGAGCUCCUGCUGGACGCCAACCAGCUGCGCGAGCUGCCCAAGCCUUUCUUCCAACUUGUGAAGUUACGGAAACUUGGACUUAGCGAUAAUGAAAUCCAGCGGCUCCCUCCAGAAAUAGCGAAUUUCAUGCAGCUGGUGGAACUUGAUUUGUCUCGAAAUGAUAUUCCUGAAAUACCAGAAAGCAUCUCAUUCUGCAGAGCACUACAGGUAGCAGAUUUCAGUGGGAAUCCACUGACUAGGUUGCCCGAAAGCUUUCCUGAAUUACAGAAUCUAACGUGUCUUUCAGUAAAUGACAUCUCUCUGCAAGCACUACCUGAAAACAUUGGGAAUCUUUAUAACCUGGCUUCACUGGAACUUAGAGAAAAUUUGCUGACAUAUUUACCUGAAUCACUUGCCCAACUGCAGCGACUAGAAGAACUUGAUUUAGGAAACAAUGAACUUUAUCACUUGCCAGAAACAAUUGGUGCACUUUUCAAUCUUAAAGACCUCUGGUUGGAUGGAAACCAAUUAGCUGAAAUACCUCAGGAAGUAGGAAACCUGAAAAACCUGCUUUGUCUGGAUGUUUCUGAAAAUAAAUUGGAAUGCCUUCCUGAAGAAAUUAGUGGUCUGACUUCUUUAACAGACUUGCUUGUUUCUCAGAAUUUACUUCAGGUCUUACCUGAUGGCAUUGGAAAAUUGAGGAGGCUCUCCAUUUUGAAGGUUGAUCAGAACAAACUUAUUCAACUAACGGAUUCAAUUGGAGACUGCGAAAGCCUUACUGAACUAGUUCUAACAGAAAACCAACUGCAGUCAUUGCCGAAGAGCAUUGGAAAACUAAAGAAGCUGAACAAUUUGAAUGCCGAUAGAAACAAAUUAACUUCUUUGCCCAAAGAGAUUGGGGGGUGCUGCAGUCUUAACGUCUUUUCUGUACGUGACAACAGAUUAUCUCGAAUUCCCUCUGAAAUUUCACAAGCCACUGAACUUCAUGUCCUGGAUGUUGCUGGAAACAGGCUGACGUAUCUUCCUCUCUCACUGACUACCUUAAAGCUGAAGGCUUUGUGGUUGUCUGAUAACCAGUCCCAACCUUUGCUGACGUUUCAGACUGACGCAGACCCUGAAACAGGAGAAAAGAUUUUAACAUGUGUAUUACUUCCUCAAAUGCCUUCUGAGCCUGGUUGCCAAGAUAACCUACCACGAUGUGGUGCACUGGAGAGUUUGGUAAAUGAAAUGUCAGAUGAAACAUGGAAUGAGCGGGCAGUGAAUAGAGUCAGUGCAAUUCGCUUCUUAGAAGAUGAAAAAGAUGAAGAGGAUAAUGAAAUGAGAACACUUCUAAGGCGAGCCACUCCACACCCUGGAGAAUUAAAGAACAUGAAAAAGACAGUGGAGAAUUUACGGAAUGAUAUGAAUGCUGCUAAAGGACUGGAUUCAAACAAAAACGAGGUCAAUAAUGCCAUUGACAGAGUGACCACUUCUGUGUAGAGUUUCAUCUCCAGGUUUUACCUCCUGUGUCUUCCCCUGCUGUUGACAUGUUCCUGUCGUCUUCUGGGAUCUCACUGAGCCCCUUUUUGUUUUUAACCAGAACCUGAUUCGUCAUCUCCAUAUAUGUGAAAAGUGCUGCCCACUGGAAGAAAGUGCCUUAUUUCAUCCAGGCAGUGAACCAAUAAUUUCCAAAUUGAUAUUGUAAUUUUAAUAGUGCUAGGCUUUUUUAAGUAUAAUACACUACUGUAUGCAGAAUACAAUAUUUUUGUCUUAAACACAGGGGAAAUAAUGCUUUCCUUUUCCAGAGUGCUGGGAUAUCUUUUUCCCAGUGGCUGGAUGUGCUGGUGAGAAAUAUAGUUUUGUGGAAAAUUGAUACACUUUUUUAUUU